AUGAGCAACAUUGCACAGAGUCGCUUUCAUGAUUUGAAGGUCUUUUGCAAAAGUUCGCAAGAUGCAACUGUAGGAUUGCCCACUGAGACCCGCGACGUCUUUCUGAGUGGUUUUCGGGAUGGCAAUUUUGUUCUUACAAAAGACCUGCCAUUUAGCAUAUUUUUUACCUUCUCCCUGAUCAAAAAAAGGGAAACUUAAAUUAGAUGCACGUGUUUUAUACAUUUUUUUUCCUUUCUUUUUUUUCCAGCAACUACAGUGGUGAGACUAUGGUUUCCAUCGAGGCCCUUUACGAUCCAAACAGCAAAAUGAGGGAUUUUCACACCAUAUAUGAGGCCCUCUACGUUGAGCAAAGGCUGCUGAACCUUCGAAUAGAAGUGAUUGAUGACAACAGUACGUAUUUAAAACUGAAACAUGUUAUUUUUUCUUUCCAUGUCCUAACCUGAUUUAUAUUGAUAUCAAUAAUUUGCUUGGCUCAAGCACGCCAUUGAGUUGCGCUAAACCCGCAACAUCCGCGUGUGUGUAAGUUGUAAAGAACUGAAUGCAUUUAAUUUUCAAGAGUAACAUUCCUAAAAUAUACUCAAAUGCACAAUUAGUUGAGACUCGAUCCAGAAUAUGGCAAGAAGAGGAAAUGAAACAUCUUCUUAAGGGAAUUUUUUGAGUAACUGUUGGAGCUUAUCCCAGUUUGCAUUAUUGCAUUUCCCCCUAAAAUGUAUUUUUUUCAAUGAGAGGCACUGCAGGUUAUCGCUAGCAUACGCAUCUCGCUGCUUUUUACUCGAUAGUUUGUCAGUGCCUAUUUAUACCCUCAGACCCUUCCCUUUGAACUCGGAAACAAGUGAGGUAAUUAAUAAGACACAUCGUUUAGGAUCGCAACGACUGAAGUAACUUAUGAGUUGAUUGUGAUCAGACAUCUUAACGAGAACGAAGAUAAGCACUACAAUCUGACUGACUCCCAACAUGUGACUUUGAAGCUGAUUUCGCGGUUCGUGUAGUUCCCCGUUAAUGUCUUAGAGGCAUGGGUUUCAAUCCUAUCGUAGCCUGAAUUUUUCAGGCUUCUCUUCUUUGUAGUUCACCUAGGCGAUCAUAUCUUUGCUAAAAAUGAAGCACAGUUACUACGUUGGAAUUUUCUAAGUUUGUUUUGUCAUUCGUUUCUCAUCUAGUUCCAGGAAAGCCACCCCAAAAUGUCACUUCAAAACCGCUAAGUCCGUCAGCCAUCAGCGUUACCUGGGAAAUUUCUCGAUCGAACCACUGUGAGGUUUUCCCACUUCAAGGAUUUCGUAUUUUCUAUUCUUUACAAACAAAUUUGACUAAUAUUCGAUUCGUGGACGUGAAAAGCCCUUCAAAUCAUAUCGUCAUACAAAAUCUGGAAAAUUUUGAAAAUUACUUGCUACGGGUACAGACAAUAACUCCACGAGGCCUUGGGCCGAAAAGCACAGCAGUGUUAACGAGGACGUUAGAAAAAGGUGAGAGAGCAAAAGAAUUAUUUUAUAAGAAGUUCUCUCACAACAUUUCAAGUCAUUUUUGUAUUGUUGUCCGAUAGGCCAGUUGUGGCCCAUUCUUUCCCAAUUUAGAUACAGGUCGCAUUAAAAUUUUCUGCUGCGUCGGUUUUAAGUAAUCUAUGAUGUCGUUGCAUUCUGCACGAUGCUGUUGAUUGCUUUUCUUUUUAACCUUAAGUGUGAAUAAAUAGAGUGAUGAGAUACAUUCCAGUAUGAAAAGUUAGAGAAUAUGUGACUUGCUAGUUCUGAGCCGAUGUAAAGAGUUCUGAAGGCUUCUUUUGCCCUUAAUCCUGUUAUAGUAGUCCCUAUCAACGCAUCAGUACGACUGAUUCACAAGGAAUGGACAGAUGAGUUGUUAAAUUCAACAUCGAUCUUCUUCAUGAAUCUAACAAAGCAGUUACAAACUCAGGUAAGUAAGGUUGGAACGUCUUAUUCAACAGAUUUUCUGAUGAAAAGAAAAUCUACCUACCCUUUCAUCUUGGCAGCAUCUGAUCAGCCCUUGUUUGUUUCUUUUACAGGUGGCAGGUCUUUAUCCAAAUGAAAUACAUCUGCGAGAUAUAGUCAUUCAUCGCUUCAGGUAACCUUGUUACAAGCAAAACUCUCUUACCCAACCAUCACCAAACAAUAGAAUUUCCGUUUAUGGAACAGCCUUGAGACUCAAAAAAGUGUCCCUGGAUAGAGGCUCCUUCAAUGAGGCGAACAGAUAUAGUCGGGAACAGUAUCUGUGUCCCUUGAAUGUAAGUGCCCCCUUAAUGGGGAUGUCCCAAAAGCAGGUCCUGCCAUAGGUAAUUUUGUUCAUUUAGUCCCACACUCCUCCAUUCAGCCAUCCUUUGAGUCAUUAAGUCAAAGAGUCAGUCGUUUUAAGGGUUUGUUUUCGUUUGCAUUUCGUUAAAUUGAUAGAUCUCUCCCUACAUCAUCACGGUGUCGUUGUUGCCUUCUGGUUUGUAAUAAUGACAGGAAAUAACAGAAAAGGUUAUCCUUUUUUAGUUUACGGCUCAAAAUUUAUCUCAAUUACUCUAGGCACGAGUUAAUACCUAUCUCUUAUCACUUUAGGAAUUACAGUGGUGAAGUCGUGGUUGAUAUAGUAAUUACCUUUGGUCAACAAGUGAAAAUGGAACAGUUUAUAACUCUUUACCAGGCACUCUACAGAAACGGCUCAGUUGGGGACUUAUCAGUGCACCCUAUAUGGGACAAUAGUACGUCUUUGUAUGGUUCUGUUUCUUUGUUAGUUUUCUUUUUUCUUUUUUUCAAUUAUUCAUUCAUUUAUCCUAUAGCUCAUGCGAUGACCUGGUCAUAGAUAUCCCAUUUCUAAAUUAUGAAAAUGAGUUUUCAUGAUUUUUUUUCAGUCCCAGGAAAACCUCCAGAAAACGUAGUAGCUCUUGCCUCAAGUACAACGAGCAUUCGAGUGAAAUGGAACAAGGUCCCACGAGACUCCGAUAUCAUACGGUUUAAGGUUUAUUACGAAACAGCAAGCAGUCAAAAUGAAACCACCUCAAUGAUUAACGUCAACGUAACAGAAGACAGCGUGGAGAUUGGAAGACUCAAAAAGUUCGUCAACUAUACCGUCUGGGUGAGAAGUGUUUCAAGACAAGGUCUUGGUGUCUCCAGCCUUCCGAUCUACGUCAGAACAUUGGAAGAAGGCAAGGAUUGUCUCCGUGCUUUAAUUUUUAACUUGUCCUCUUAGAUUUCUUUCCGGUCACGUGAAACCUUUCCCAGCUUGAUGGAGAAAACUGAUUGACUUAUUUCUUUCUUUUAUUUUAUAUAUGAACACAGGAGGCAUUUACCUUGAAAUUUGUUUAUCUUAAUUCUACAAACUAUGUUUUUAACAGAAUUUAAAGUUCGAAAUAAGUAUUGUAUUCAUAACAUGGGUCUUGCUGUUCUUCCUUUUUUUUUUUCAAUUUAGUUGUCCCAAUCAACUUGACAGUUCGUUUCACCAGCAUGAAAUGGAAUGUAAAUCUUUCCAAUCCAGAGAGUGAUAACUUCAACAACCUGUCUAAAAUAAUAAGAGAAAAUGUAAGAAAAGUUGCUAUGCUUAGUUUCUGCUGCGAAGAUUAUACCGUUUAAAAAGCCCUGAUCAUUUUAAACAGAAUAAGUAUUGCAUGUUGCAUGCACACUCUUCAUAUGACCUAUUGACAAUUUUUGUUUAGUCAAAUUCCAAAUAUCCCGUCUGAAUCGGCUAAAUUGGCUACAUAGGAUCAUUUUUAUACUCUCCUUGGCAAUCCUUUGAACAAAGCAGUGAAACAAAAACGUUUUUACAAAAACAGGUCAGGGUUUUUCAGUCUCAGCGGUAACCCCAAUCGAAAUGUGCGGAAGGGAGUUUCUAGCCUAUCAGUUUUAUCUAAUGAUAUGCAUCUAGAGAUCAAAGAUGCAUAGAUAUUUUUCGCCCCACCAUUUAAGCUUAUUAAAGGCUUGAAGGAAUUAGUAUAGGCCUUGGCCAGUCACAGCCUCUCAACAUUUUAUCAUAUUUCCCGAUGAAAUUAGCUCAUGCAUUCAAACGAAGGGACAAGAAAAGGCAAAUGGGGAUUAAGUUGAUCAAAUACGCUGUUCUUCCUCAGGUAUUUGUGUUGUAUGGCCAGGAGUCGAGCUAUCUACGAGAUGUGCGAUGUCAUCGGUUUACGUAAGUGGCAAGAUAUUUCAAACAAUAUCUCGCACCUUGAGUCAUUCACGAGAAAUUUGAUUAUAAUCGUUAGUAGGGAAGAUUUUUUAUCGAGUCUCCAGCCUAGUACGGUAUUGUCAUCCGUGUACUUUGAGUUUUCAUAAACUCCUUGAGGUGAUUUCUUUGAUUUAACCCUGUUGAAACUUGGAUUUUGUGUUCCGACAAUCACUCGAAAUUCGCUUGAAAUGAUAACAUAAAUAAAUUUACCACCCCCUUAGCAAUAGCACAUUAAUACUGAAAGUAUUCAUUUAUUUACAUUUUUUCAGAAAUGGAAGUGUCUUGGCAGAUAUGACUAUCGUUUAUGGUCAAAAUGUGGGACCCCAACAGUUUGGUAUUAUUUACAAAGCAUUGUAUCAAGAUGGAGGACUGGGAAACUUGUCCGUUCAACCGGUCAGCGACAAUGGUACAUAAUAUUUUACUUGAAGGCCAUAAUCAAAUAUAAAAUCCUAAAUAAGAUGAAAAAUAUAUAGGAUCGGAACUGUAUCUGUAUCCUGAGAAAAUACAGGACGGUUCUCAGCAGGACUUGACCUCGUUCCUUGAAUUUUUCAUUUUUUUCCUUUCAGUGCCUGGUAAACCGCCAACCAACGUUACCGCCAAAUCUAAAACCUCCACCGCCAUCGAAGUCACUUGGCUAUGUAUCGACUGUCAACAACACAACUUCACUGUAGGAUUUCUUGUAUCCUAUAAACCUAAUAGCAAUAACCAGACAGUAGGUCGAUCUGUGAACAGGACUGUAAGGGAGCUCUUGAUAACUGGGCUGAAGAAGUACACAAACUACACGAUAUACGUGACCAGUAUAACGAUCUGGGGACAGGGUUUAUCGAGUGAACGACUGUCUAUACGAACACAAGAAGAUGGUAAGUGUAGAGAAACCUACGGACUCCCGCUGAAUAGUGUUAAAAGGAAACCCGUGGGGCUUUUUUUAAGGACACCCUCGGGGUAAGUACUAUGCGGCACUGGUGGGACUACAAUUUAAGGGAUAGUAUUGAAUAGACACCUGCAAGACUAUAUUAAAUAGGCAUGCACGUGACUGUUUCAAAUGAAUACCUGCAGAACUGUUUUAAAGGACACCCGAAAGGGCAUAUUAAGAGACGCUUGCAGGAUUUUAUUCGAUGGACACCCGCACGACUAUAUGUAAAGACACCCGCGGGACUCUCGAGCCCGCUUGCGCCCGCCUUAUACAGCUUGAGGAAAUUGUGCAAAAGUAGUUAAUUGCUUUAUUUCUAAAUAUAACAGUGGAGUAAUUAGCAACAUUUCGAAGAAGAUCGUUUCAAGCAUUAAUUGCUGGAAUUAGGUGAAAAGGUGAUAUCAAACUUAAACCAGACCAAAGUGAAACUCGAAUUUUCCACUAAGCUGUACAUUUCAUACGGGUUUUGUAUAGCCAACAUGUUCCACCCAGUAGAAAGAGAACACAUUUUCUGCCUAGCGUUCAAAUUUAAAGCCAUUAAGAGGACAAAUGGGAAAAAUCCAUCAGCAUCAUGUGAGGUUUUUUUUGACACUAUGCAGAACUGACACGUCUCCUAUAUUUCAAUUUAAGUGCCCAGUCUUGCUCCAAAAAAUCUUCGCGCGCAUAACACAAGCUCGACAAGCCUUCAAGUAGCCUGGGAACCACUUCCUGUCAGUCAAGUCAAUGGCAUUUUGUUGGGUUACAAAGUGACUUACAAGAAACACGAGGUAAUACACGCCUUAGAGCAAAGCGUGAACGCGACGGUCAAUUUCACCAUACUCAUUAGAUUGGAAAAGUUCACAACUUAUGAUGUAAAUGUUUCGGCGUUUACUCGUGUUGGGAACGGACCAGAAGCCAAUGUGACGGUAUCGACAGAUCAGGACGGUGAGAAAAAGUAAUUUAAGUCAUUAAACAUUGACAAGGUAUAAAAAGUACUUUUAAAAAAAUUGUAGUAUUAUUUUAUAUCAUGACAUGUUCAUCAGUUUGAUCCUAGGAAAACUAACUUUGGAGAAGGGAUCAAAUGAAAAAGAUUUACCAGAAACGCAACUUUAGCGUGACUCUCGUUUGUUUCAAUUCAUAAAAGUCACGUUGUGAAAAGUAAGGAUACCUCGCCCUCUGAAGUUUGUGCAGCUACACUUGGAACAAAUCGUUGUCUCUGGAAGUUUCGAGUUUGAAACUUUUUAUUCAAGACACGCAAACGUUGGUCCAAACUGAAAAAAAAAUUCUCCUACAACCUUAAAGCCUCUUUAUCUGAUUGAAGAAGGAAGGUAUAACCUUUGGAGUUGUUAUCUUGAUGGAAGACCACUCCUCAGGGACAUUUUUUCAAGUCCCAGGGGGUGCUGUGGUGAAAGAGACAAUAAAUAUCGUGUCAGUGACGUGUUUAAGGUUUUAGUAGUAAGGCCAAACACUGAUACAAGAACAAUAAGCAUUUAUGAGUCUUUUCAAGCUAAUGCGAAACCUUUUUCGUGGUUAUAAUUUUUUUCGUUAGUUCCCAGUCUUCCACCAACCAACCUUGCAGCAUAUAACACAAGCUCGACGAGUUUGAUGGUGACCUGGAAUCCCGUUCCACAGGGAUUCACUCACGGGAUUGUUCUGGGAUACAUGGUGUUGUACAAGAGAGAGAGAGAUGUAAAUGAGAGUUACUCAAAUAUAACAAGCGUGGUAACCUCUGCACAACUCACCAAUCUUGACAAAUUUACGAUGUACAAUAUUAAAGUUUUGGCGUUUACAAUCAAAGGGAAUGGAGCGAUAACAAAUUACACUUAUGAGAGAACACAUGAGGACGGUUAGUACAAUAUUCCAUAUUUAAAAUGUUAUAACAUUUCUGUUCAUAAGUUCUUCGUAUCUACAUGCACAGACGAAUUCAAGAACACAAUCUCUCUCAGUAUUUUCAUCAAAACAGAACACUGAAUCUCGUUGUUUUACACAAGUUGUUUAGGUUAGGUUGUUUAGCGGUUUCUGUUUAUAAAUUUGCGUUAUGAUUAUACUCUUGGCCCAGUUGUUCGAAGGGAGGAUAACGCUAUCCGACGGAUAAAUCGCUAUCCAGCGGAUAAAUGCCAAAAAAACUUGCUGCACUAUACACUGGAUAGAUUUUUAUCAAGGGGAUAGCAUUAUCCACCCUUCGACCAACGGUGGCCUGGAGGUUAAAACUGUACAUGCAUAAUGAGCGGUUACAUAUCCCCCGCAUGGAAACAGUUUUAGAAUAAGUCAUAAUGUGUGAUUCAUUUGAAAAUGGUUGUUUAAAAUCCGUUUUGAUCUUGUUUGAUUACUUCAUUAAGGCAAAAAGUAUGUGAUUCGUUUUCGAUGAUAUACAUUUACACCCCUCGAAUCCAUCAACAGUUUGGUUUAUUCCAUUUUAUAGUUCCCAGUCUACCACCCGAACAACUUGCAGCUCAAAACACCAGUUCAACCAGUUUAUCGGUCACGUGGUUACCUGUACCUAACGGAUUCGUGCAUGGCAUCCUACGGGGUUAUCGUGUGCUGUUUAAAACAGAUCAGGAAAGUUCUUACCGCAAUGUGACAACAGGCAAUCAAAGCUUUGAGUUGACAGGCCUUGAGAAGUUCACUAAUUACACUGUGAAGGUUUUGGCAUUUACUAGCAUUGGUGAUGGAAAUAAAUCUGACCCUGUCAUCGUGCCGACUGAUGAGGAUGGUAAGAAUCCUCUAAAUCUCAUUGGGUAAUGAAUCUACAAACUUAGGCAAAUAAACGCAUAUCGUUUAGAGUAUGUAUGCUGUUACAAAAUAGCCAUGGUAGAUACUCGCACGCAUUCAUUAGUCAAAACCGAUCAUCAUUGCAUAGUAAGCUUUUAAAAGGCCCAAACAUCUUAAAGGUAUUUCGUGAAAGCAAUAGACUUUACUGCUUAUCAGUUUAUUGAGAAAAAAAUUUAAAUUGAGAAGUCGAAGAAACGCGAGAAAAGUUUUUCAAUCACUCGCCUCGGUCACUAAGCUACAAAGGUAAUCUAGUGUUAACAACUGGGGCUACAAAUUUGAUUUUUGUUCUGUUAAUAACACCCUGGGUGAAUUUUCACUGAUGCAAGUAGAUAGAGAGUUUCUUCUAAAAUAAAUACCAUCAGAAUGAAUCUAACUUACCUUGGAAUACGAAAAUUAAAUGCUUGUGGUGAAUCCACAUUUCUAAUUCUGUAAAAUUUCGAUUCCACCCAGCUGUUAUUUUACUUUACUACUACAUGACUUUGGUUUAGAGCCUCCUACAAGUGAGUUCGCAUCUAUUUGGUGUUCUCUCUUUACAAAAAUUAUCUGAUUCUUUAAGUCCCAACUAGCCAACCGAGUCGGCUCAGGGGUCGUAAGUUUCCUAAGCAAUCAACAGACCGCUGCAAUGUGGUUAAAGCCAAGAAAAUCUUUAUCACUAUCAGGGCUGCAUGGAAAUUCAGUCUAAUUGUUAAAGUUUUAUUUUGUAGUUCCAAGUCUUCCACCUCAAAACGUGAGCUCUUUCAACACAAGCUCGACUAGUAUCCGUGUAAGCUGGCAUGAGGUGCUCCAUGGCUUUGUCCACGGCAUUCUACUCGGUUACCGCGUUCUGUACAAAGAAGCUAGUGGAUCAAAGAAUCAUAGCGUUGUUUCAGUCACAGCAAAUGUGAAAUCAAAGGAAUUGCAAGGAUUAGAAAAAUUCACCAUCUAUGAGAUUUCAGUCUUAGCAUUUACAAGAAUUGGAGACGGAAUCAACUCUACUGCACUAUUCGUCUCAACAGACGAGGACAGUAAGUUAUGGAUAGCAAAAUAACAUCAAAUAUAUUUUUGAAGAUUACGUCAAGCCCUCUGUUGCUUUGCUCUGAGGAAAGAGUAACGCUCAAAAAGUCAGCUUUACAAGAGAAACUCUUCAUGAUUGCCAAUUUGUAUUAUCAACUCAGUUGACAAAGACAAAUUGUCUUGUAAUAUUCUCACCGACGUAGCACCACAGUUUCUUUAAAAACUUAACUCUUUCAUUUAUUCAGUAUCAAUCAAUCGUUUAUUUACCCACGUAGCAUUUAAUUAGCUGAAAAGUUCGUUCAAAAUACGUACGUGCUAUUCAUUGUUCCUUCCCCAAUACAGACGGAGUGCAGACUGAAUGAAUAACAGAAAAUCUAGAUACAUUGCAUUUAGCACGCACCAUGCGUUUUUCCCAGUCAUACACUUGGACUCACGCAUGUGCCUUUACUUAUGACCCAAGAUGAACGAACCCCUAAUUUUUAAACUUAGACCAUUUGUAGAAUAGGUAAUUUAGUUUUAAAUGGGUUGUAUCAGUAUCGCUCUGACGAAGGGCUAACGCUCGAAACGUCAGCUUUUUUUACUCUUUACGGUGGUUAAUUUACGUUUUCAACCCAGUUGUUAACACUAAAUUACCUGCUAUACUCUCCCACCGACGCAGCACCACAGUUUCUUUAGAAACUUACUCCUUUAUUCAUUUGUAGAAUACCUGAGCAAUGAAAUUUCGGAGAGAUCAAUCAGACUGAACUGUAUAUAAUCUUGUGUUUAUUCCAUUCAGCCAAUGCUAACAGUAUCUGAUUAGUGACAUACAUAAUGAUGACUAAUUAUACGUACAUAAUUUGCAAUUAAUGUAUUGAUUUCAUUACAUGAAAAACUGUAAAUGGUCAUAACCAAAUUUGGUCAGAUCAAAUCCUCACAGGACAGCUGUUUAUGUAACACCGAAGAAAAGCAAAUCUUCUUGUGUCUUCUAUAUAUUUCAGUACCCAGUCUACCCCCAUCUAAAGUGACAGCGCACAAUACCAGCUCUACCAGCCUUCUGAUGACCUGGGGUGAGGUACCAAAGGGAUUUAUUCAUGGAAUUCUCCGGGGGUACCGAGUCUUCCACAGGAGGACUGAUGAUGAGGAAAGCUACUAUCUUAACUCCACCACAGGGCCAACCGAGCGUAAACUUCACAUCACAGGCUUGAAAAAGUUCACGGAAUAUUCAGUGAAAGUGUUGGCUUUCACAAUAAAGGGCGACGGAGAAGUUUCCAAUAACAUUUCUGUUAUGACAGAUGAAGAUGGUAAGAUUCGAGUUCAUCUUUCAAGCAUUUACACAAUGUUUGAGAAGCAUAUAACUUAAGCCUCUGCUUCCAUCCAAUAUGCAAAAUUUUCGAAAAAUCUAAACAAUAGUUUAGGCGUGGGUGUGUUGCGGACAAAGCCUGCUUUCUACUCGCCUAACCUAAAAUUGCUCUUAAUUCCCUCGUACAGGGCUGUCGUAAAGUUAUUACACGUGCUCUGUAAGCCAUUAAACUGCUUCAUUCCAACGAUGAAAACGUAAUAAUUAUGCCUUUAUGUGGAUAACACAUUUUUAUGGCCUUUUCCUGAAAGGGCUGUUGUGUAAGAAACAAUUUAGAGAAAGUUAAAUAAAGAAGCUUGGUAGAGUGUAGAGCCAAGAUAAUAAACGGUGGGGGUUUACAUCGGGGAGAUAGGAAUGUCUCUUUGCUACCCCCCUUCACGCCACUGUGUUUGUGCCAGUCCCCAGCUCUCCUCCUCAAAAUGUCCACUCAUUCAACACAAGCUCUACAAGUGUGAACGUGACGUGGCUGGAGGUUCCCACCGGAUUUGUUCACGGUAUAUUACUGGGUUACAGAGUAGUCUACAGUAUAACCCAACACCAACCUAUAAGUGUUCCUUACACCAUUGUGUCUGCCAACAAACUGUCCAAGGAACUAACGAUGUUGAAAAAGUUUACUAACUACACGAUACAAUUGGCUGCCUAUACCAGGAUUGGAGACGGAACGAAGUCACCGCCAUUCAUUGUUUCUACUGAUGAAGAUGGUAUGAAAAAGUUCACAAUUUCUACAGCAAGGUCGUUUCCGUGCUUUUACGUCGAUGUUCCCGUAUAUUAGGUGUUAUUAUUUAGAUUAAAGCACACGUACUUUAUUUUGAAAUACAUCAAAAGUGUAAACUGGUUUAACAGCUGCUUCAAAAACAAUCUGAUGCAAGAGAAUAUGAACUUUAUAUUCUCUUGUAUGAUGCAAACUGAUUAAAUGAUAUUUUACACGCAAAGAAAGAGCCGGCUAUAAAAUGGGUCAAUGUUACAUGAUAACAAAGUAUUAACAAGAACCAAAAUAUCAGGAACAGGAAUGCGCUCUAAAAUUAGAUUUUAAAAAAAUAUCAUCGGAAAAGAGGUAUUUAUGUGGAAUAAGUUCUCUCAGUUGAUAUUCCCUUGCUAGAACCAAUGGCGUUUAAGUCAUACAUUAAUCGUGGAACACUAAAGAUAAAUUAAACAAAAUUCAUUGUGUGAAAUAAUACCCAAAGAAUGUUGCACUUUGGUCAACGCCAAGUGACAUUUUCAUGUUCUCGAGCUCCAUGCAGUUUGAAUGUUUGACUUCAUAUUCCUAUAUGCUAUUUAAUACUUACUCUACUUUGAUUGGCUUAUUGAUUUAUUACUUUGCUCUUUGUGUCAAUACACUCACCUGAAAUGAAAUUGCCUCUUUCCUUAGUUCCCAGUCGUCCUCCUCAAAAUCUCUGGGCAAACAAUAUCAGUUCAACAGCUCUAAAUAUCACGUGGAACCCAGUACCAACAGGAUUUGUUCACGGCAUAUUACGAGGUUACCGAGUACUAUAUAAAGAAACGAACAAGCCUUCAGCACCGUAUACAAAGAUCACUGUUCCUCCCAGGGUCAGAAACAUAGAAAUAAAAGAUCUAAAGAAAUUUACUAACUACAGCAUAAUGGUCCUUGCAUUCACCAUAAAAGGAGAUGGUGCUCAGUCUCCAACGAUCAAAGUUUCAACAGACGAAGACAGUGAGUAUCAGUGAGAUAUUUUAAUUUGGCUACAAUCGUCAUUAACUUACCAUUCUUAAUUUUUUUAAUCCAGGGCUAUACAAAGUUUCUCCUUUUGUAAUACCGUAGUUGUGACGCAGUAGGCUUAUGGUCAAGAAACUGGUUCUUAGUUUACUUCAGAUCAGCCUUAGCAGUUUUAAAGUGAGGAAGAAUAGUUUCGUGAGUUUUGUAUCCUCGAUGGGAACUUAGAAUUUAAAUUUUCCUUCACCCGUAAGAACAUCCUUUCCCUAAGAACCAGUUGCGCUCGCAUGUUAAAAAAAACAGAAACUCUCAUAAUGAUAGGUUGGGAAUAUAUCAGGCCCUAUCUCACCUUACCCCCCCUCCUCCCCCGUGUUACAUGUUACAGGUGGAUUACGUCUCAGUAAACCCAGUAAAAAUUAUUUCAGUUCCAAGCGAGACUCCACAAAAUGUUUACGCCAGGGAUGAGGCGAGCGCCACAAAAAUCUACGUGUCAUGGCAAAGUCCACCCAUGCCCUCCCUACACGGUAUUCUUCGUGGCUACUUUAUAUGGUAUAGCAUCAUUAGACUUGGCAUUAAUGAUAAAACACCAGUUUUUCCAAGAGACUACGUCAAGAAGCAAUUAUCAGCGUCUUCGAACGACGACGUACUUAUUGAUCUAGAGAGCUACGCUAAAUAUGACAUAAAAAUCGCAGCUUUUACUAGCAAAGGACAUGGACCCACUAAAGACAUAACCACAAGUUAGUAUCAUUUGUUUCUAUUUGUAACUUUAAGUGAGUUUCGCGGUAGCCAAAUAGUAAGGGCGUUCGUUUUUAGAUCGAGGGUUCCAGGUUGCAGCCUUGAUCUUCUUUGAGGAUGCUAACCCAACACUGCUUUUUCUAUAUGUGAGUAUAGAUGGGAAUUGGCGAACCGUUGGGAAACCUGGCUUAAUCCUGGGGGCUAAACCCAGGGGGUUUAAUCCUGGGAGUCUAAUCCUGGGGGUUUAACCCUGAGGGUUUAACCCUGGGGGUUAAUCAUGGGGGUUUAACCCUGGGGGUUAAUCAUGGGGGUUUAAUCCUGAAGGUGGACUGAAAUGGACUGGAAUCUUACCCAGGGGGGCAGAAGCUUUGCUUCUAGUCGUCUAAUGCUAUUCUGUAACUGAAGUUAUUUCCUAGCUCGCCUAUGAGAUUUUAUCACCUCCAUGUUACUCCACCACCUGGUCCUACUUUGACGCAAGGUUACAAACAGUAAUUUCAUAAUUUUUAUCCAAGUUGUAAGCCGUUUUAACUAACCACAUCUUAGUCUCAGGUUGAGGAGGCGUGUCGUUUUUUAAAAACGACACAAACAACUGUAACAAUAGUCUUUCCACCGACCCUGCACUCAACUUCAGCAAAUGGAAAGAUGGAAAGAUGCAGUGAGGCUGUGAUUAAACCUUUGUCUCUCUUCCAGGAACCUGCAGAUGUCGCUCUUCCAUUCCAACAAACUGGUGGAACAAUCCUCCAUACGUAAGCUCUCAACCUAACAGCAACAGCAGUAAGGAUAGUGGCAUUAUACCAACCAUCUUGGAGCAAAUAGUAACUCACUGCUGCCAAACCUGCGCUGAGUUUGGUUCCACGACAGUUGACUUCACCACUGAUGCGGACGGGUUAGAGGCCAAGAAGUAUGGCGUCAUAGAGGUCAAGGACGCUAUCAGCACCAAGACGAUGAUUUCUUUUGGGAUUGCUGGAGUGAUGCCACAGGAGAUCUACCAUAGUCCGGAUGGCAAUGCCGAGUAUAUACCAAUUAUGGAGACACCAGGCGUGGCGUUUAUCAUUGCUGAAAGAAGGUGGGCCAGGCCUGUGAGAAAUUCUCGAAUAUCACUGGCUGACAUCAGAACGUCAAUAGACUACCACUGAAAAUAUUCAUUUCAUAAUGAACUCUCUUCUCUGCCCGAUCCAGUUUCGGAACUAACAGGGGUUUUUCAUGAAAAUUGAUGUACAUUGACAUCAUCUAUGCUAAGAUCAUCUUAUUUUCAUUUAUCAACGCCACUAACUCGGCGUCAAAUGAUAACUUACAUUUUCCCCCUGCUUCUGUCGUCGUUAUUUCAAAAUUCGUUGCUGUGUCAUUGCAGAGCACCCAUCGCUAGUUUCUCCCCACGACUUUUUGUCGACUCAUCUCCUUACUUGAAAUGCCUUCAUACACAACAUCUACCGGCAAAUACAACAACUCCGGACCGAAAUAGAGACGAGCUGUCGUUUCGUUAAAGAAUGACAUAAAAUUAGUAAAUUUAAAAUAGUUUGAAAUAUCAUUGUAGUCUAUCACGACAUUGCAACUGUUUUAAAUGAUUUACAUCUUGUAGUAGCUUUAAAUAUAGUAUACAUAUUCCUGUGUGUUCUGUGCAGAGAUAUUCACAAGGAAGUCCUACUCGCGAUCCUCAGCUGCUGGCCUGCUGUAGUUAUCGCCUGUUUUAUGACAUACCUCGCUGGAAUCGUGGUGUGGGCUUUGGUAAGUUACUCAUAUGAAUCAAAUAAAAAGCAGAUCGUCUGGGGAAAGAGGGGUUAGCUUAGUACCCAAUAAAAUUCCUGGAAUCGGAAACUGCGCUAAAAGACAAUAAUCUACUGUGAGAGGCUCCUCCAAAAAAGAAACCUCAAGGCAGAAAAAGUUCCAAAUGCUUAAGUGAAGGAGAUUUCACCAAAAAGAAUAUAGAUACAAAUAAGUUAGCUUGAGACUUCUCCUCCCAUAUACACAAACUUUCCUGGUGGGCGGUGCGUAAAACGGUACCCUGUACAAGGAGGUCAAAUUAUCUUCUGACGGCGCUCUUGUUUUUGUGCAGGACAUGAACUGGAAUCAUGUUGACUUCCCCAAAUCUUUCUUAGCGGGAUCACUGGAAGGAUUCUGGUGGUCGUUUGUUACUAUGACAACAGUUGGGUAAGCACUUUCAGCUUGUAAUAGUUGACUCAAAGUGUGCUCCUGAUAUCAGUUUGUUACUCGCAUUAUUAAUGAACGCAUCCACAUACACUGUCCACAUACACAAGAGGACUAAGCAGGGGAAGCUCUACCUCGGUGCGAGUGUUAUCGAAGGGCAAAGUAAAUAUUUUCCAUGAAAUAACUUCCUUAAGAAGUUGAUUUGGUAUUAUUAACUGAGUUGAUAAUUUAAAUUGGCCACCGUAAAGAGUGGCUCGAAACGUCAGAUUUGAAACUCUUUACGGUGGCAAAUUUACAUUAUCAACUCAGUUGAUAAUACUGAAUUACCUUUCUAUACUCCCCCACCGACGUAGCAGCACAGUUUCUUUAGAAACUUACCCCUUGAUUAUUGUUUUCCUCAAGGUUUGAUUCGUAAUAGUUCUAUAAUCCUUCAAAGUGAAUACUACUUCAAUUAUGUAAUAUUCGACAUUGGAUCUCAAGGCCCGUCAAUGUAGCUAGAGACAAAAAAGAAAUGACCGCUACGUCAAAGGUUGUUAGUUUCUGCCAAUUGCGUCCCUCAGACAAAAAUGCUGCUUUGAACAAAUAGAAUGUUACCUACCUGUUACCUACUAUCAAAUACAUUAUCUUUGGAUAUUAGUUUAUGUUUGUUUGCCUCAAAAACCUGGCUGUCUUGCGUUAUCAAAGAAAUUGAGUUAUUUCAGAAAGCUAACACUUACCAUAUCUGUCUUUAAAUUGUUAAAACAUUUAUGUGCUGAGAGUGAACGAAAGUGUAUCAAAAUUUUGUUUUCGUGGUGAUGGUUUUCUUUUAGGUACGGUGAUCGAAUUCCAAAGUCCAUUCCCGCGCGGUCAUUUGCCUUUUUGUGGACUUGGACUGGUAUCGCCACAAUGGCUGUUGUUACAAGCAGCAUUACAGCUUCUUUAAUGAGUAUGGUGUUCCGUUCAGAAAAGAUGCUAUAUGGAACAAAGGUAGGAGCGCUGGACAAGCCGAACGUAACAUCUUUAAAUUUUAAACUUCGAAAGAGUAUGUUAUGAAUAGAGAUCUCAGUAACGUGGAAAAAAAACAACAUUACUACAGUUACGUGGAACGUUAUGACCUUUGUAAUAAGAUAUUUGGAGUUUAAUCAAUUGCGUGUUUUUCAAGCUUGAGACUUCCAGUUGACACCUGGUAGAGGCAAAGUGUUACAAUGUUGUUAAGACUUUGAUUGUCAUCGUGUUAACCAGCUUCUAGCGCUCAGAACAGCGCGCUUCAAAAAGGCACAUCAGCAGUUUUCAGCAGGCGACGAUGUAGUCUUCUCACAUUGUCAGAGUCAAUACUACUCACAGAUCGGUUUAAUCAGCCAUUGUUAAGGCCACAUCAACCAGAUAUACUUAAAACAGAGAGAUAGGAGAUCCGUUACACCCAAUUUAGACCAGCGCUUUGUUCUGCGUUCUAAUCCAAGUCAUCGUGAGGUAUUCUUACGCAGGGAAUGUUUUUUUCAUAAUGCCUUUUCCAACAAAAAAAAAAAAAAAAGAUUAGCUAGUAUCAGUCAGCUCAGAGGAGGAGAGAGGAGACUGAGUUACCUAUAUUUGGGAAAGCUUCCAUUCCAGAAAGAAUGGCAAUACUUCUAAUUACCCUAAGAUACUGAGACUGGGAUGAAUUCCGCGGCUGAUGAGCCACUUGGCUAGUAAGACCUAACCUUUUAGCGCGAGUCAUUCUUUCUAACGUCAAGAAAAUGUUCUUGCUCAAUGGAUUACCAUAUUCCUUUAUUUAUGGGGCUGCGCUAAUGUGCUGCGCACAUGGAGCUCCGCUUUAAAGACAGGACUAGGCGAAAAGCGGCUGCUGUAAAUGAUUUUUAACCACCCGAAUAACCCACGUCUCUAAAGUUGUUUUCUUUUAUCUGUUCAGUUGGCCGCUAUUUCUAACUCCACUGAAUACAAGCUGGGACUCAGACGAAAUGCCAUAUUAGACACAGGUGAGUAAAGUUAGACCAAUGUGGAAUAACUCCUGCAGCACCGAUAUCAAUAUUGUUAACUGAGUUUGUGAAAGAAAAAACAGUUUAGGCAGUUUAGCCACUUUCCUGCCGUAACUUUUGGCUCAAGUAAUAUUUCCAACGAAUUUGAUUUAGCGGCAUCCAUGACGUCACACGAUAAAUGGCCAUUAGCUUGAAUACAAGACUGAUACUCAUAGAGUAUAUUACCAAAUGAUAAGUUAGCUUUAAAAAAAACUCACCCUCCCAAAAAAAAACUCAGACUCAGCGACUCAAAGUCGUUAUGUAAAAUGUUCAGGUUUACUUCUACUGAUUUGCGUAUAAGUUUAACUAUUUGUGAUUGCAUGCAGAUGUUAAAGUAACUUAAUCUAUGAUACAUUCAUCAAGACCAGCUCUCGCUCAAAAACUUAGAGUGACAAUGGAAGUGUAAAAGGUGGCUUUAGGGAGAGACCCCGUGACCUUGUGACCCUUGACCUUGUGAUUGGUUUUCUGGACUUUGGGUCGAAGGUUCUGAGUUCAUACUCUUUCCAUGUUAUCAGGUAUGUGUGGGUACCAACAAACUGUCAAGAAUCAAAUUCUCGCAUGCAUUCUGGAAUGGACGUGCAUCCCAUCCAAGAGGGAAAAUACUUAAAGAUAGUGUGAGAACGUGUAAAUAAUCCUAUUUUAAGUCACAACGACUUACUUUUCUUCUUUCAGACCGAUCAUACGGGAACUUGUAUGAUAUUUAUGACGACCUUGAAAAUAACCGGGUGCAUGCAGCACUUUUGGAUUCGUACUCGACAGCGAGUGAGAGCAAGUUGUUCAGCAAGGACUGGAUCCGAGUGAUAGAGAUUAUACCCGUCAGAUACGAAUCUGCUAAUGGCCUGGUACUGACCGGAGAUGCCACUAGAUUGGCGCGCUGUUUUCGGCGCUACGUGAGAUCGGAAACAGACAGCAUUCAUAGAAUUAUACAGAAAAACGUUGGAUCAAUUGAGGUGAGGGUAAUCAGGACAGGAACAACUUUGGCUUGAUAAAAUUCUUUAGUUAUUUCAUAUUUAACUCAUCAGUCAUACACAGUCUUGCACUUGUGUAGUCAUUUUAAAGCGGGUGGAGGCAAGCGCGAAGCGGACAUGAGGAGGAUUGGAGAAACUCUUCCUCUUGCGCAUAAUUUUUCCUUGACUUCUCCUGGCUAGCAAUCGCCGCGCCCUCGCCUUCACGCGCCUAAUAAACGCAAAAAAAGACGUCUUUUCCGCAAGCUAGCUGUGUGUGGGAGAAGUGGUAGCCCAUGAUAACUUGCCAGACCAGUAACAGCACAGCUAAACCAUUGACAAACAACUUCAACUUUUCGUUCCAUUUUACAGGCAGGUGAUGUUCCUUUCGCCGUAAAGACAUCUUCAGAGUUGCUGACGGAAGAGUCCUACGUGUAUGUCAAUACAGUCAUCAUCCUCGGUGCAUCCUUAGGUGUCUUCACCCUAUGUGGUCUCUUGUGGCAUUAUUGCUUCUACAAGAGGACGCUAUCACCAAAGUCUUCUGAGUCAGGUAUAAGAUGAUGAAACUACACCGAUUUUAUUCUCCGCGAUUUAUUUUGUCGUAACAUGAGAAAAGAUUACUCUCCUUCAAUCGCACCACAAGUUUCUUGGAAUCUGCGGUGUCAUAAUAUAUUUUUCUCUUUAGUACCUCAUUUCUGGGAGGUAAAUAUGAUUCCAUCAGUCUUUCUUUGGCCUUUGGAAAUAUGAAAAGCGGUUUGUCAUUUUAAAUUAUCACUGUUGUUGACAAAGAGGAGGUGUUCGUGUACUUUGGCUGUGAUUUACCCCACCUGCAAAAAAAUCCCCUGACACUCCCCUGCGAGGGGGAUACUAUUGAUUGGUUCCCAAAUAAGGAUGGAAAAGCAGUGGUGAUGGUCUCCAGUCCCCAGUGAUUUUAAUUUCAUGUCAUUUCCUUGUCAGCCGAAGACAUAGUGGUAAUCGACGGGUCAGGAAAAUCACCAAUAACUCGUCAAGAAUUAAUAGAGCAGCUAAAACAAGAUAUCGCCGAGUUUCAUGCAUCCUUUCGACGAAGGUAUCUUGCUUUACGAAGAAAACAUAUCAAACAGAUCAGGGAGUUCAAAAGAGAGAACGGUGGUAAUCUAGACACAGGUAAACCUUCUCCGUGUGACAAUACACGAGCCAUGUCCGGCGUUUAAAAGCUCUGACUUACGUUAGGACAUCUUUCCAUAUACUUAAGUUGACAGCACUCUUUUUUUUCCCAAGAGUGAUAGCUAAAAUCGAUUCUAUUAAUUUUGUUCCUUCGAUCUAUUUUGAUCCUAAAAUAUUGUCUUAGUUUUGCACUAUUUUUCAACUUGAUUCAAGUCCCCUUUACUUUCAGAGUUUUAAGGAACAGUGGGCAGCAUAACUUUUGUGCUACAGGGGAAAACGUGUGAUAAUUUGCUUGGCAUCCCUCCCUCACACAUUUUUAUAAAACAAGACGGGGAAAAAGAUAGGAAAGCGAACUUCAAUUUUUUCAUUUUGUUAACUUUUCAUCAUACCCAAAUGUAUCUGUUGCACCCAAGAAAAUUUGUUUCUAGAGCGGGUAAUCCUAAAGGCAGUUGGCACUAGUGCAGAACUAAAGGCAAAAAUUUAAUUUUAAUUCUCACAUUUAAUUAACAAUUACUCACCGAAGUGGAAGUAAAUAUCCAACACUUUCAACGACACCAAGGUGGAUAAUUGUUUUAUUUUAUACCACAAAGAUACAAAAAAAGUAGUUUAUUUCUUUCAACAUACCGAAAAAUGGUCGGGAAUUAAACUCUCGACGAGUGAUUGUGUCUCUUUGGCUGCUCGGAGGUAAAUAAUACUAGAUAUUGACUUUCGAACUAGCCAAUCAGCGCACACGAAGAGUACUAUUUACUUGUGGGGUAAAUACUAAUAAUACAUAAAAGGACUGCGUCUUGCAUAUUGCACUCAUGAUUUUAGGAAAAAUUAAAAGAAACAGAACGAAACAGAGAAUCAAUCAGAUAAGUUUAAAAGUGAAGCCUGGAUUGGCAAAAGACAGACAAAGUUACAAAAGUUCUCUUUUGUUAAACUGUGUUAUUUUAGAAUUAUAGAACAAAAGGAGAUUGAUACAUCUUGCCUUUUUCAUUUUACCUUUAAAGUCACAGAGUUCAGGAGACUGACGGAGUUAACGGCAAGUAAGUGAAUUAUUUGUGUGAAAACUGUAAGUUAACAAAAAUUGUAAUUCAGUGGUAAAUUGUUGAGAAGUCUUUGAAAACCGACAAUGAACUUCCCAAUUAUAUUGAAAAAUAAAAGAAACGAUCUUUGCUGAGGGACUUCGCCAGGUUUGUCUGAAUUGCAACUCCUUAAAAAUGUUUAUGCAAAUUGAUUAAUUAGUAACUUUAGACUUACUUUUUAAUUCAAAGUGUUCUUGUUUAUUUCCAGGUCGAAGAGGAAAUUACAUGGUGACAAGAGACGCAGAUAUCAACUCGAUAUUUGAAGGAAUGGACAUGACAAUAUUCGACAAAAGAGGCAGCAAAAGAUGGUGAAUUGACACUAACGAGUUAACCGUCCUGUGCAGAUGUACGCUGAAAACGAAGAUACCAGCGAUUGAUAUUCUUAAGUAAUAGAAUUAAAGCAAAUACUUAAAAACACGAC